CAACGGUUUUACUCCGAACCUAAAAUUCUAUAAACCUUCGACUAGGCCUCGAAAUAUUAAUCGUAGCUAAACUGUUUUUCAUCAUGAGGCCUAAAUUGUUGGUGUGUGUAGGACUUGUAGCACUUCUUUGUACUUUGUCAUCAGCUGAAGACGUCAACGAACCUGACGAAGAUGAUGUUGAAAUAGAUAGUGAAAAUGAGCCAGAAGAUAAGGUAAGAAAUGGGAAGUAUUACUUUUGAUUGCUUCAAAUUUGCCGGUAUCGCUGACUUUGUUUUAUUUUUACCGCUUUACAGGGCAAAGAGAAAAAGAAAGCGGCCGAAACUGAAGCGUAUCAACCCCCAGAAAUCGCUUUAGAGCAUGAAGAUUCUGUUUUUCUUGCGGAACCAUUUGCAAAGCGGCAGGAAUUCGAAAGCAGGUAUUAAAAGCUAAACUUCAAAUUCUUUACCGGCUUAUGUUCAUUUAGUUUUGCAGUGUGCGUGUUUUUUAGUUUGCAUAGUGACAAGCCUUUUUCUGGUACGCGUUGCACAUGUGUGUAAAUAGGCUCUGGUUUUGACAGAACACUCAUGCAGGUUGAAGCAUAUUUUGCAAGCGUUGAAAAUACAUAUUUUGUCUCUUUUACUAACUAUAAUCCUAUGUUGCCUUUUAAUUCCUAAUUAAUUUAUUUGCAGCAAAGAUUCUCAACAACUCUGUGAUGUUGCAUGUGGAAGUUUUAAAGAAGUUCAUGUUUUCAUGUCCCACCCUAAAUAACAUCAUCUUUCUUCCACUAAAUUUCUACCUAUUUUGUUUUGUUGAGUAAUUUGGAAUUAUGUAAAAAAGUUUGUCCUUCUGAAGGACUAAGAUUAAAGGGUAAAAUACCCUUUUAAAGUGCAACAGGUGUAGAUGCUAGCUAUGUAGAUCCUCAGGUGAUCUGUUAGACAUUGUUUUUGCAUAUGUUCAGGCAAAUAGUUCAGGCAAAUAGUUCAUGUAGCUCAGUAAUAAUUUAGAUGACAAAAGAGUGUCAUAGUGUUUUUUCACUUACUAAACAGUAGUCUUCAUCACAUGUGGCCUAAAGGCUUGUCAUGCAAUCUCCCUAAGUCCAUCAAGCAAUAAUAUUACUCGCUAUGACUGCCCUGCACAGCAUUAGAGAAUGCAUAUAAUAAAGCAGGUUUUUUCCUUUUAAGAGAAGUCACCAAUGGAGACAGUUUUGCUGUAAAAAUGGUCCACUAUCCAUUGACCUUCUCUCACAAGCAUAGACGUUAGAAUGGCCAUUUUGUGAUAACAAAAAUACUGCUUGCACUGGGAGGUUUUCCUGAUGGUUAUAAAACUCUGUUUGCUGGUGUUAAGACUUCCAAGUAAAUGUCCUUGCUGUUGUACAAUUAAUGUUAAACACACUGUUUAUAGCUUUGUGACUUAACAUAUGUUAAUUUUGUUUAAUAUUUUCAGAUGGCAGAAAUCUGAGGCUAAAAAGGAUGGAGUGGAUGCUGAAAUUUCCAAAUAUGAUGGUAAGUCGCUGUUAGAUUGAAAUAUCUGUCAUUGUAAGUUAUUCCAUCUUUUGAAUCAUAUGUUUUGAGUGACAGCAACAAAAAAAUUAUUUUAAUAGUAGUUUGUUUCCAAGGAAACAGGAGCAAAAAAACUCCUUCUCCAGAUAGUGACUUUUUUGGAAUCAAUCCACUAUAACGAUUUUUGUACUGAAUCACUAUCAUUGUUACUCUCCAGAUUAUUUUUCCUAUCCCUCCUUUGUGAAAAAAAAAAAGAUAAAACCUUGUAGUGCCAAUUUCCACCCUGGCAACUGGUGGCUUAGCAACAUCAAAUCAGACGUAACCUCAUACUCCUAUAACCUGCUGUUUUUGUCCUGGUUGUCCUUGUAUUUCGUUGCUCACCAUAGAACCUUCAGGACCCUGAGGGUUGUGGGUACAACUCUUACCUGGAGUUCAGAAUUUUUUCUGACCUUUCUGGUGUUCGAAUUCUCCUUCUUACAAAUUCUCCUGCAACAAGCCUGAAACAAUGAUUUCAUUAGGCUUUGGCAAAUCCUAAUAUCACUAUCACUUAGGUAAAAACAAAAUUGAUCUUAUCAUGGUUGCUGUAUUAACUUGUACUUUUGUAUCUUUAUUCAAACCUUAAAAUUGUUUUUAUUCCUCUGUCAGGUGAAUGGUCGUUUGAGGAGCCAUCAACUAAGUUAUUCACUGGAGACAUUGGACUGGUUCUCAAGGUAAUUAUAAGUUAUUUAUUUAUUUAUUUUGCUGAUUUGCAGCUGACAUCACAGCAUCCAUUGCUGGUGGACAAGAACAAAAGCAUUUCCCUCCACUGGGAUCAAAACUUUUUUUCAUUCAAAUGAACCCCAUUUUUUUUAUUAUUCUCUCACCAACCUGCAAACCAGGAUUAAGGCUGUACCCUGUAAGGUUUCAAGUUGUGGGGUAUAUGAAGUUAGUAGACAGGGAAUUGAAUGGCUAGGAAAUUCUUUUGGUUGUAUGAAAGUAGCCUGGGGUCUUGCUCAUAAUAGCCAGAGGAAAUCCAGCCAUCAGUGACAUCCUUACUUUUUCCAUCAACCAAUAUUUUUGUGCCUGGCAACCAUUUGUGAAUCUUGGUCAGAAAAAGUCGAGGAGCUUGGAGUGCUGAUAAUGAUGUGACGUGGAAUGCAGUAAUGAAAAGGGAAUUUUGUUCUUUGUCUUCUUUUUAGUCCAAGGCAAGACACCAUGCAAUUUCAUCAUUGCUGAAGAAACCAUUUGAGUUUAAGGACAAGCCACUUGUGGUACAGUAAGUGCAAGAUAAUAAUUUAUUAUUAUUAAAUAAAAUUAUAAUAAUUAUUUGUAUGAUAUUAAUGUUAGGGAUUGUUAAAUGCAUCUUGUAAUAUUAUUUUGUUUUGGGAAGGCUAUUUGUGUAGUUCUAACUGGAGUUUGGCAGGGCUGUCACUAAGAUUUCAAGUUUCAUUGAUUAGGCAGGAAAUAGCUAGGGCAUCAGGCUCAUAAUCACCAGGAGAAAUCGGCGGCCCCUUGCCUGUAGUAACAGCCCAUAUCGGGAGGGAGUCCUCUAAUGUAAGGAAAAUCAUCCCCUUUCUUUAUUCUUGAUGUGUGCCUUUGGUGUUCAAAUAUUGAAGUCAAUAAAUAUAUUUUUUUAAGAUAUGAAGUGAAAUUUCAGCAAGCAAUGGAAUGUGGUGGUGCCUAUGUCAAGCUCCUCUCUAAACAUGAUGCACUUCAGUUGGUAAGUGUUUUUAAUUUACAACUAUGAAUAUUGUUUUAAGUAGGUAUGAUAUGAUCAUCUGGGUGUGUGUAGUCAUGAUUAGGACUGUUGGUGAUAAUUAAUUUAAAUUUUGUGACAUCAUUUUGUAAAUCCAUUGUUAGAUACAAAAGAAUUAUAGGUCGGUUAAUUAAACGGAGUCUAAUUUAGACCUCAGUUUAAGAAAUCUUUGGACCUCCAGAUCUCUUCUUUAGUGGGUCAGUUGAUGAAGAUAAAUGCCUUUCUAGUCUACACUAUUUAUGCUUAUAUGAAACUGUUCACGACAAAUCAUGAAAUGGUGUUUAGACAAAAGCGUCAGGCAAACUGCAAAUGACUUAGAACACGGUCUUGCUAAACACUGGUUAAACUCUGUUUAAAUAACCUGCCCUUUCAGUUUAGAGUUUUUUUAGAACAUAGCAGCAACUAAAAUUUAUGGCAUAAUAACUGAAAUUGUUGGAAUGUUUGAAAUUCAAAAGUAGGAAGCUGAUAUUCAUAUUUGACUUCUGGCUCAUUCGCUCAUUCUCAACUUCUUUGAAUUCUUAUGUAACUUUCUGUGGUUGGCCAAAGUGCUAACUUGCGGUACAUAUUUUUAACAGUUUAUGAUAUUCUUCUAGAAUGAAAAAAUUCUGUCUUGUCUCCUUAAUUCAGAAACUCUUCCAUGACAAAAGCCCGUACACCAUUAUGUUUGGACCAGACAAGUGUGGUGAAGAUAAAAAGGUGAGUAUUAAAACAACCAGCUAAUGAUAAAUGGUCUUUUUUUUUUCAAUUGCUUAAACCCCCAUAUAAAAUAACUUGAGUUAACAUUAUCAGUGUCUCUUCAAUCAUUUUGGGUGGUUGAGUCCUUUCAUACAAUAAUGAAUUUUGCCUGAUAAAAAAUUAAUAAAUUUUUUUUUCAGCUUCACUUCAUUUUUAGGCACAAGAAUCCGAAGACUGGUGAAUAUGAGGAGAAACAUGCCAAGAAACCAACUGGGAAUUUCCAGAGUGUUUUUGAUGGCAAGAAAACUCAUCUCUUCACCUUGGUAGUUAGACCAGACAACACGUUUGAAGUGUUUGUGGACCAAGCAAGUGUUAGCUCUGGAAGUUUGUUGGAAGAUUUCACUCCACCAGUCAACCCUCCUAAGGAGAUUGAUGAUCCAGAUGACAAAAAGCCAGAGGAUUGGGAUGAGCGAGAGAAGAUUCCUGAUCCUGAUGCUGAAAAGCCAGAUGAUUGGGAUGAAGAUGCACCUGCAAAAAUACCUGAUCCUGAUGCAAAGGUUAGGCUCAGUGUCUCAUCUGCAUUUAGCUCUGAGAAUAGUUCCUUUCUUUGCUUGUUGUACUUUGGAAGAAAAAUAAUAUGCAAAUGAAUUUAUUUAAAAGAGUAGAUGUUCAGAUAUUCUUUAAAGGCUGGUUUUUUUAGAAAAUGUGGUGAUAAGGCAUAUAAGGACUAUAUGAUUUGAUCCUGUGCCAUAUAUCAAGUCCAGUGACUUCACUUAUCUUGGGUCUCACAGAGCUCAGUGGUUGUAGAAUUCCUAUUUGCGGACCACUAACUUGCAAGGUCGAAGUUUAAUUAAUUCGCAUUGGGCACAAAGAUUUGUUUUCUUGUUGUUUGUGUUUGUUUUUGUCUUCACUUUUGCUGAGAAAGACUCGAACUUUUACUGGAAUCGUUGUUCUUACAGCUGUGUGGAGGUGUUUUUGUCGCCCGUUGCAUUGUCUUCUUAGACAAGGAACUUCACUCCACUUUGUCUCUCUUUACCCUGGUAUAUAAAUGGGUACUGGUGACAUACUGCUGGGGGGGUAUCCCUGCAAUGGACUAGGAUCCCAUACAUGGGGGAGUAGCAAUACUCCAAGGCAUUCCUCAUGCUAAGGAAACUGGGAUAAGCUCUGGCUUUUUGGUCUUUGGCUUGUGUGUGCCUUUACCUUUCUUUUUUACCUUGUUCAUACAGCUGUACAUGGGUGUCAAACUUCCUGAUAAGAAAUGAUAAAAAAUUUUUUACAACUGUAGAAACCAGAUGACUGGUUAGAUGAUGAGCCUGAGUUUGUACCUGAUCCUAAUGGGGUGAAACCAGAUGACUGGGAUGAGGAGGAGGAUGGAGAAUGGGAAGCACCUCAAAUUGGUGAGUCUGACAUUUAUAUAUUGGGCCUGGCAAAGUGCUGUCUGAUAGCAGGGUGUUCAUUAGGCAUUAGAGGUCGGGGAAUUCUCCAUUUGCUUGGAAGAAUUCUCCUGCAAAUGUUUAGUAGCCUGUGACUAUUUUUUAUCCAGACAAAGAGAUUUUUCAAAAUAUUCUCCCAUAAUGUUACAUCUCACUCCUGCUACUAGAAUUCUUAAUGAAAACCCCGCCAAUAGACCUGGAACAUCAUCCAUUUGGACUUGCUUGAUCCUCAAAGUUUGGGCCGGUUAACUACAGCACCAAAUAUCUUCUCACAAGAUUUAAAAUUCAUCACAAUCCAUGAAGUAGGUCAACAAAAUCAAUUACCUGAUCACAGAAGAUGAACGCAAAUGUAUCUCCUUAUUUUGACAACUUCUCCCCACCUUUGUUGGGGAAUGAAGCUUUAGAAUCCCAAGUAGUUUGAGGGUAGAACAGGAAACAAUUUACAACUGUGUAACUUUGAGACUUCUAUCUCCUCCAUGCAGCAAAUCCAAAAUGCGAGAAGGCUGGUUGUGGUGAAUGGAAACCUCCUGUCGUAGACAAUCCUGCUUACAAGGGAAAAUGGUCAGCUCCUCUUAUUGACAAUCCCAAUUACAAGGUAGUGUUUUAUGGACAAGCUCUAUCAGAAAAAUACACCUAUUUAAAGAAAUGAUUUUCCUUAAACAUUUUGUUUGAACUGCUGGUUAGACUGGACUGAAAUUGUACCCUUUGACAGUUUCUUUUUCAUUGACUUUCUCUUAGCCAGGAACUGGUAUCUAUUUUGAACGGUACUAAAUCACAUAAUAUGAUCAUGCUGUAAAAACACUUUUACACUUCCCUUUCCUGUUGUAUGCCUUUCUUAUUUGUAAUGUUAGGGAGUUUAAGCAACCAUGAUGACUACAACAGUCAAAAUGUCGCUAAAAAAUGAAUUUGCAUCCUCACAACUUUAUCGCUUCUAUCUGGACCUGCCCAAUUUGUCAAAAGUAGGAAAUUUUUCCGGGAAUUGAAUACUUAAGGACUUAAUUCAGCUUUAAAAAGAGAAAGGAAAAUUUCUAGUCUAAUGUUUAUGAGGUUUCAUGUCAUAGUCGUUGAGUGGACAUCAAAGAAAUGUACUAAAAAGUGUGAUGCAUGUGCAGAAACAUUGUUUUGCUCAUUAAAACAAUUGUUUUUUGAAGUUGUCAUCGUCAUUGUGAUUGCUUAAGCUCCCCAUUACUAUAGUACUAAUGAAUAAUUCCAUGUAAAAACUGCUCAUUGAAGUGCAGUUAAGUGCCUAGGUUACAAUUCAACAUAGCUUGUCAUUUUCAUUUGCCAUUAUAAAUGGCCAGUUCUGAUGACAAGUUCUACUUGGUAUAAGUUUUCUGCCUCUGGCAGUAUUCUGUUGCAGUAAAUGAAAUACCAAAUUAAUUAAUAUAUUGCAGGGUAUCUGGAAACCCAGGAAGAUUGCCAACCCUGAUUAUUUUGAGGACAAAGAACCUUUCAAGAUGACAAGUAUUGUAAGUGAAAACAACUUUGAUUAAAAGUUAUUUUUCUGGACCUUGACCUUGACCUUGACUUGAUGCACAACAGUAGUCUGCUGUUUCUAAGUAUUGAAACUUAUUCCCGCAUAAUAUAGUGACUUAACUCAUGCUGCCAUUCCCUGCCACAUCAUGUAUUGAUUGCAAACGUUACAGAAGAAAUACAAACAAGGAAAUGGCUGAUAGCCAUUGCUAUGAGAAGAAUGUAUUUGUAUGUAAUUGUUAGAGGUAAAGAGCACUAAGAGCACUCACAGCUUGCUGUUAUUGUUCUCUCAUUCUGCAAGGAACUUUUGUAGUAGGUGUACAAUCUUUUUGUCUUGUAAAACAUUGAUACAUAUUCAUUCUUCAUGUGUGUUGUUUGCCUGUAGGCUGCUGUUGGCCUGGAACUCUGGUCCAUGACUCCUGAUAUCUUGUUUGAUAAUUUUAUUAUCGCGAAUGACAAGUAUGUAGCUGACAAGUUUGCCGCAGACAGGUAU